CUUUUGUUUUUAACGUUUCCGUCCAUAGAACAUGUGCAAGUACUAUAUAUACUAGUAUAUACUACUAUAUAGUAUACCUACCGUCAAAGGUACAGGCUGUGGACUAUAGCAAACUUGUGUGGUUCCCUGUUAGGAUUUUUAUUUUGGUAUCUCUUAUUACCUUGUAUCAUAUAACUGACAAGUGACAGUUUCUUUCCAUUUCGAUUCGUCGUUUGGUUUACUUUACUUAACUACACAAGAGUCAUUUCAUUCAAUCAUUUGAUCACUGAUUAUUUGCAAUUUGUAAUUUAAAUUUGUAGAACUGACUAUGGAUUUUUGUAACAAACAUUUCCACCAGUUAAUUCGGCAUUUGGACCCCAAUGGAAUGUUGAAUGUACCGUUUAAUAUAUUCAAGGAAAAAACGUGUAUAGAUAGAUAUUUCAAAACUAAUGACGAUUUUCAAAAAUUGGACGUGCCCUGGAUGUGGUAAGAUAUAUUAUUUAAAUUGAGUUAGUGAACAACUGCCUGUUAUGACACAUGACAUAGUCAUUCGAUAUGUAUAAAACUACCCAAACGUUAGUUGUGAAUUUCACAAAUAGAGAAGUAACUUGUUUAAUAUUUAACUGACAGAAAUUUUAAUAAUUAAAAUAUUAAAAAUUAUUUGUAGUUUUAAGUGACUAACAAAAAUAUUUGUUUCAAGUUUGAUGAAGAUUUAACAUAACAUUUGGUCGUAAAUAUGUAACAUUCAAAUAGACAGAUAAAAUAUUAUAGAGUUGAUGAGUGAAAAAAUGACACUGCUUUACUUAUACAAAAAAAAAAAACAAUUUACAUUUUAAAAUAAUAUUUACCUACUUAAUGAUUCAAUUGCUAAAAAAUUAUUGAUUUGUUAUUACAAUAUUAUAAUUUUACUUAUAAAAGAAUUUCUUUAAUUCUUACCUAUAAUAAUUAUGAUUAUAAUUCACUUAAAACUGGUACAUAUGUAAUUUGUCGAACUAUCCAGUUUUAUAAAAUCAAUUGGAACUGUAAAAUAUAAAGUUAAAUUUAAACAAGAUGACAAUGAAUUUUAUUUCUGUUAAACAAUACUUUUUAGACCUUUUAGGUUGGUUACUUUGUAUAACAUACUUACAUAAUACUUAGUAUUAUUAUAAUGCCUAAUAUAAUAUCUAUAAUUUAUUAAUUUUAUUCUAUCUUAAUUAGUAUUACAUACCUAAAAUAUAAGAAAAUUUCAGAAAAAUCAAAACAAUUAUUUGUAAGUAUUUACAUCAUUUUCAACCCAAUAAUUGGUUGACCUCCAAUAGUUGGGAUGAAGGCAAAGAAAAAAUAUUCAAAUUAUUUCCAAGGCACCUUAAUAUAUUAUACACCUGAGGAGUAAACAGUUAUAAUUUAUAAUUACAAUAAUAUCUUCAAGAUUAAAAUCAUAAUAAAAAUAUAAAUUAUAAAAAUGUUUUAUUUUUUUAGUAAGCUCAUGGUAUAAAUAUAAAUGAGGUUGUUUGCGAUAUAUCAGUCAUAUUGUUUGAUAAAUAUAGUUGAUAAAAAAGGAUAUACAAAUUUACUUUUAAUUUAUUGCUUAUAGGUAGCUUAUACAAAUAGGUAUUUUAUUAAAAUAAAUAAUGUAUAAAUAUACUUUAAAACUUAUAAUUAUUAUUAAACUUUAAACUUUUUUUUUUACUUUAGACCAAUCUUUAGUACAUGGACAAUUUAUAGAUAUGUACAUUAUUUUCCUAUACAGUUUUUUUUUCAAUGAAAAAUAGUUAUUUAGUUUUGAAACAUUAAAUUUUUCAAAAUGUAAUAUUUAUAUUUCAGUGAACAAUUAAUUACACUUUUGGUCAAUUUUGAUGAGACAGUUGCUAAUUAUUCAACCUUCGAUUUACAUAAUGCCUUUCAAAUAAAAAAGAAUACAUUUAUUUGGAUUAGCCAGGCUUUUAUUGGUUUAAUUAUAAUACAAACAAAUUCUGUUGAUGCGUAUGUCGGUAAGUUUUUUCUCCCAAGAAUUAUUAUAGUUUUAAAGUUUUAGAAAAAGUUGAUUAAAAUUGCUUGCUUGCUAUUUUGAAUAACUGUAAUCCUAUAUUUUUCAUUUCCCAAAAUAAAUGCUUUUCAAAUUUAGACUAAUUUGUAAAAGGUUUUAACUAGUUUAAGUUAAAACAAAUUAUGCCAUUAGUAAGGUAAAUUAUGUAAAUUUAUAUACAAUUAAAUAUUUUUCAAACUAGGUAGUUCAAAAAGUAACUAGAUUAGAUAUACAAUUUUAAUCUAAAUGUAUAGACGUUUAUUUUGCUAUUUGUUGAUAUUUUAUGCAUAUUUCUGUAUUAUCAGAUUUUAAGUUUCAUGUAAACGGUUUAUUUUAUGUUUUAAUGCAUAACAAUUGUAGGUAUUUCAAGUAUAUUUAGUGUACAGUCAAUGCAAAUUUUCCUGUAGUCAUUAGUAUUAUAUUUUUUAAAUUUUAAUCAAGUAUUAGUAUUUUACUAUAGAUUUUUGUUUUAAAUUAUUUUAAUUGUAAAACAAUGUUUAGAUUUGAUGUUUACUGGUCCCGUAUAUAAGAAGAAUUUAGCUAUGUAAGUAUACAAUUAUGUAAUAUAUAGUUUAUAUUUACAUAUUACUGAUCGAAGUAAGCGAAUGAGGUUCUAUACAAUUUCAGAAGAUAACUAGAUGAAUAACACCAUUUAACUAUAUAAUAUAAUUUCAAAUAAAAAGCUAUUAAGUAUAAAUAUAAGAUAACUAUACUAAGUUUAACUUGCAAUAAAUAAUUUGUAAUUAUAGUGGAUUUCAAUUAAUGUUAACUGCCCACAUUAAUUGAAAUCAACUAUAAUUAUGCCCAAAUUAAGUGAUGCCCAUUUUAACUAAAAUGAGUAUCAGAAUACAUUAAAAUGGGCACCUGACCAUUAUGCCCAUAUUAAGGGCUGCCCACAUUAACUAGUGGCCACAUUAAGUGAAAUCCACUGUAUAUGAUAAGUUUUAAUGAUUUGUAAAUUUGUUCCCUUAAUAUUUAAUAUUAGCUUAAAUUUGUUAGUAUGGAUGUAAGAUAAUUAAUAAUUUAUAAAUAAUAAAUAGAUAUUAAAUUUUUGUCUGUGAUAAUAAAAUUCAAUAAUAAUAAUUGUUAUUUUGUUUUUUCAUUUGGACAUCAAGAUAACUGAUAAAUAAAUGAAAACAAGUUCAAUUUUUGAAUUAUAAAACUUAUAAAUCAAGUAUGUCAUCAUCUCUUAGGGGUUAAAUUCUAAGUUAGAAAAAAGCAUAAGUUAUGUCCAUGAAAAUACUUUUUCAGUGAAUAUUCCAUUUAAAUCAGUUCAAACUGUUCUAAGAUUAGCUUGGACAAAUUGAAGUGACAAUUUUUUUUAUAUAUUAUAUAAAUUAAAAAUUAUAUUUAUUGUCAUUAAUAUGUAUUAAGUUGAAAGAUAAUUUAUUAAACAUUGUUAUUAUUUUAUAAUUUCUAAUUAAAACUAUUAUACUAUUAAUAAAUAGACAUAGUAGUAAAUAUGUUUGGUGAAUCCACCUUAAUAAAUAAAUAACUACUGUUUAAUUUAGAGAUAAAGUGCCUAAAAAAAAAAAGAAAAAACUACCUCAUGUUCCUCAUAACAAUCUUAACUCAGAUCCAGAAGUUCUUCAAAGUAAAUAUAUUUGUUUAUUUAUAUUUAUAGAUAGUCAAAUGUAUGAUAAUAGUUAAUUAUCUAUUAUUUAAUUAAUUAUUUAUUUUAGAUCAGCAAAUUGAAACCAUGUGUCAGGAUAAAUUAACUAUAAAUCAUGUAGAAGAAAAUGUUCUUUUAGUAAGUUACAUAUUUUAAAAAUAUAUUAGUAUAAUGUUAAAUUUAAUGGACUUUUGUACAGAUAUGUACUUUAUAUUGCAUGCUAGCUGUCCUGCAUUCAAUGUUAUUGGUCCAAUUUUUGUUUUAAUUUUUUCUACCCAUAUUCAUUUUUGUGAAACAACCAAAACAAAUAGGUGUAAAAGUGUUCUAUUGUGAAAUUUUUUCACGAUUUUCAUAUCAAACAUAUCUAAACCUCAAUUUUUUUUUUUUUUGGGAAGGGGAGGUUAGUAAGAAGGGGUCAAAAGGAAGAAAUUUUAAUGUUAAUCUAUAUGAUCAAAAAGACAUACUUCAUACAAUGGGUGGGCCACUGUUAUAAAUGAAAAGUCCUGAAGAUAGGAUAUAGAAGCAAAUUUAAUGUAUAUCUACACGCAGUAAUUAAUCUUUGCUAACAUAAAAUAAUUCUGAGCAGAAUUCAGUCAUACAUAUUUUAAAAGUUAAUAUUUUAUAAUUUUAAAAGUUAAUAUUUUAUAAUUUUAAAAUAAUAUAUUUUGUAUAUUUUCCCCUUUUUCUUUCAUAUUUUCCCAGUUUUUCUCAUUUAUUGAAAAGUUGUCCACAGAUGACCAUUUUAUAUAUUCUUUAAUUUUUCAAUUAUUUUUUUUCUGUAAGAAACUAUAGUAGUAAUGAUGCAAAAGAAUCAUUUAUAAACAAAAAUAAACAUUAAUAUGUUAAUUACAUAUUAGUAUUGUUUAAUUUAUUUAUAGGCUACAGAUAUGCCAAUAUUGUAUCAAAAUCCUAUACUAAAUAUAAUUAAUGAAGGACAUAUUAGUGCUGCUUUACAAUCAGAUUUAGAACAACAAGUAUGUAAAUUUAUUUUUUUAUCUAUUGUUAAUAAUUUACACCUUUAUUAGUUACAUAUUCAACCUAUUGAAGAGUUUCCAGUUUUUAAUCAAAAUUUACUGUUUGAAAAUACACCUUUACCUAUGAAUGGGUCUUUAAUGAAUGUUGUACAGCCUACAAAUUUAGAAUUACAGCAAUCCAUACAACGAAACUCAAUCAAUUUGAUAGACAAACAAAUUCAAACGGAAAAGUUAAUAGAUCAAAACCAACAAAUGAUUAAUUUAAAAGAACACAGCAAUCAGGUUAAGUGGCAAUUGAUGGAAAAAAAAAAAAAAAUGUUGACAUAUGGUUUAACUAAAGUUAAAUACAAUUAUGUUUUAGAUAUCUAAUGAAAAUUGUCCUUCUGAAAAUAUUUUAUGUAAUCAACUGAAGAGAAAAAAAUCUGGGGACAUGAUGAGAAGAACGGUAAGAAAAAAUUGAAAAAUAAUAUGCAUCUAUUUAGUAAUAAACCUGAUAAACAUUAUUGUAUAUAUAUUUUUAAUUUCUAAUUAAAAUAAAUUAUUUUCUUCAGGUAAAAAAAAAACCAAUUGAAAGAAACAGUAAAACACUUAAAAACCGAUUGAAGAGACUUGCAGGAGAAUUUGCUGAUGUAAUAAAUAUUUUAAUUUUACUAAAUAUUUUAGCAUUAAUUUUGGUGUAUAAAUAAUCAUUCAUAUUAAAUUAUGUUAUAUUUGAUUAGAGACCAUUAGAAUGGUUAGAUCAGAAAUAUAAUAACCAACUUAUGAAUCAUUUACCUUUAAGGCAUGCUACAUAUCAUGAUAAACUUAAUAUAGCAUUUGCUGUUUUAACUUUAAACAUUGAACUGGAAGAAAAUAAGGUAUAUUUCAUAUUUAUUAUAAUUAUUAAUGAGUUGAUUUAAUAGUAAUUUAUUAAAUAUUUAUUUAAGUAUUUUAUCCACUCAAUUAAUUUCAAAUAUUUCUAUUUAAUGAUUAAUUUAAUUAGAAGCAGGAUGAUGUUUUAAAUACUGUUAUGACCAUGAGCAAUUAUUUAGCAAUUACUAAAAAAAUAAACCAGAACAUUAUUUCAGAAAAUAGGUAUGUAAUAAAAUAAAAUAAUGUAUUAUUAUUUCGUACUAGUCUGUCCCACCAAUGUUGCUGGUGCCAAUCUUUAAUUAUUAUUUUUUACCCAUAUUCCUUUUUAGUUUUAACCAUGUCAGUAUUGAAUGAAACCAAUAUGUAGAAAGUGAAUAAAUCCACUUUCUUGUGGGGGAGAUUGAUGGUUUAUUAGUGACUCCAUAAAAUAAAUACCAUCCAAAUUUCAAAAUUUUCCUGUAGAUUUUCCAAUAAAUGUCUUUUAUAAAAAUAUUAUCCUGACAAUCACCAAUAUAAUAAAUAAAAAUCAGCCAAAUCAGUCCAUUCUGUUUCAAGUUUUGGCAUUAUACCUAUUUUAUAUAUGUAUAGAUUUUUGGACAAAAAAUCAAAUUAUUUUUGUUAGGUUACAUUGGUGACACUAAUGGAAAUAAAAACAGUUAUUAUCAGUUGAUUUGUUUGUCACGGACAAGGAAUUGUCCUAAAAAAAAAAAUAUUCCAGGCUACAAUGUUUAACAAUAAUUUUUUUAUUUUAUUUAAUACUGUGCAUGGACUUUGCCAGACAGUAAAGUAAUAAGAUUAGUUUUAACAUUAUUUUUAAUGUGUUUUUUAUUCUUACAGUAUUUUUCAUCAGGUUUUAAACAAUGCUCUUCCUCAUUUAAGUCUUCUACCAUUACCUGAAGAGUGUACGUAUUGAAUAUUGAUGCAUAGUAAAUUAGUUUAUUAAUGAAAAAAAUAAUAUAAAAGUAAAUUGUAGUGAAAAUACAAUACUUUUUUUUUAUUAAUUGUAUAAAAUCAAGUUGUAUACUUAAUAUAUUUAGUAAUAAUUAAUAAUAGGAGAAAAAAAUUGUCCACAUAUAACUUAGUAAUAUUCUAUAAAUAUUAUUUAUAUAAUACUUUAAAUUAUUAUUAAACAAUUUUAUUUAGGUAUGACAGAUAACAGUUCUAUGUGGCGAGAUACAAUGAAUGAGGUAAAUAUAAUAUAAAAUUAACAAAAUAUAUAUUAUAUCUUUAAACACUUUUAAUAUAUUAUAAUAUAUAAUAAAUAAGUAGUUUUGGAAAUUCAUCAAAUUUAUUUAUCAAUUAAAUUGAUGUUGUUAUCAUACUCAUGUCACUUAACUUUUUUAUUUUCUAUUGCUAAAUACAGCAGUCAGUGUAGACUCCUGGAUGUGCAAUGUUUUUUUGUAAAACUCUGCUUGAUGAACUCCUAGAUAAUCUUUAAAAUGUCUAAUAUUUAAUCCAAAUGUUGCAAAUCUUUAUAAUAAAACCAUUUUUUAUAAAAGUUUAUUGAAAUCAAAUAUUUUAACCAACAUUUUAUUUUGAUGGUUAAUAUUGAAAUAAUCAUUACUAGGGUUCGGAUAUUUAUGCACUUUAAAUGACUGUAAUAUGUAUUCAUUUAUACUAUACAAAAUUACCAAAUGUGCAAUCAAAAUAUACAUUUUCAGAUUAAAAAAAAAAAACACCAACAUAUACUUAAAAAAAUUGAUUUUACCUUAAGUAUUUAAUUUUUAUUACUAGAUAUUAUUUUCAGAUUCUAAGUUUAACAAAGGUUUUACAAAGAUGUUUAUUUUUUAAAAUUUUUGAUGUGAAUACUUUUUUUAUCAGAAAACUUACCCCGAUUAUCAAGUAUAGCAUAUUUUCUAAGUCGUACUUUUAAGAGGUCAUUUUUUGAAAUCUCAUUUAUAUUCUAGAUAAUGAGGAAAACCUGGUUCUUUGGAUUUAAAAAGAUUGAAAAAUUAAUAAUAAGGUUGUCAUUGGAAACUGUUUUAUUUAUUUUUUGUUAUUAUUAAGUUUUUAUUAUUUUAAUCUUUUUUAAAUAAUCAUUGUUAUCAUGGAACACACAUUGUAAUCAUUUUACCAUAAUAUGAUAUAUGCAUUGUUGACAAAGGAAUAUUAUCAACUAAACUCUGCUCAGAAUCUUUUUUUUUUUGUUAGCAAUGGUUUAUUGUUCCUUACAGAUGUACAUUAAAUACCCUUCUGUAUCCUACCUUUUCAAAUUCCCAUCUACAAUAGUGGCUGCACCCAUGCACAAAGUAUGUUAGUCUUAUUUUUAAAUAUUACCAUAUUGAUGGACAGUAUGUCAAUAUAACUGUUAUAAAAGUAUUUUAAAAAUGACUAAAUAAUGGCUGUACUGUCAUAAUGAUAUUUCUAUGGUCUUAUUUAAAAGUAAAUUGUUUUGAUCUUGUAAACUGGAAGGAGAAAUUUGGCACUGCUAAUCUAAAACAAAAAAACCUAGAUUAUUAAUAAUAUUAUUUUUUUAAUAAUGCUGAGUUUUUCUGGUAUAGCAGUAAUGAAAAACUAUAAUUUUUUAGGUGGUUUUAUAGAAAAAUAAUAAAAUUAAGUGUCCAUCAAUGUGUUAAUAUUAAUUUACAAUAAAAGCGUUAGAGUAUGAUACAAUGUUUUUCUUUUUUUUUAAUGAUUUCUAAAAAAUUUCAAAAAUCUACUAAAAUAUGUAUUUAUGUUCUUAAAAUCCUAAAAUAUACAUUAUGUAAUUUCAUAAACAUAUGAACCUUAAUUAUUACAUACAAAAACUGCAUUCUUAAUUAUUAAAAGAUAUUUAACUUAUUUAAAGAUAGACUAAAAUAUAAAUUAUAUAAAAUGAUUAAAGUUCAACUAACAAUAAUUUAUUGUAAUACACUUUUGAUGAGUAAAUAAAUUUACAAUUUAAGAGACUGGAUUUACUAUGACACAAAAAUGCAUUGCAGUCAUAAUUAUUACAUAGAAUUUAUGGGACAUGGUACAUCUACAAUUUGUGUAUUAAGAGAAUAACAUACCUGCCUGUUUUGUCUCUGUCUCAAGGAUAAAGCAUAAUUAUGUAAUUAAGAAUAUAAAUUGUGGUGUUUAGAUUGACAUGGUAUUUAAAUCAUAAAUUAAUUUAAAGAAGUUAAGCUCUACAAAACACAAAAACUGAUAUGAUUUUCAAUUUCAAUGCCACAAUUUACACUCUGAAUGUAAAAGUAAAAACCGUACAGAUAAAUCUGGAUUUUUAUAUAUAAGUUAUUACUUAAUUUAAAUACCUAGAUAAUCCACCCAGGUGCCUAAAAGGGAACCAAUUUUGGAAAUUGCUCUAUCGUUCUAAUCUUUCCUAGUGGCACCACUAAUGAGUGUUUUUUUUGAAUCUUAUAUAGCUGUAUAUAUCACAUUUACUUAUUGUAAUACCUAAACUACAGAUUGUAAAUAUAAUUAUAUGAAUAAAUUAUAUUCUCAUACUCAUAUAUUUCUAAUGUGGCCUUUAGGUCGGAAUAAAAGUUAAACACAAAUAAAAAAAUUUAUAUUUCAAACUUAAGAAAAAAUUAAUAUAAAAAAAGUUAUAGCUAAUUAAUUUUUUCUUCUUUUAAUAACUUUUAAUUUUUUUAAAUGUUGUUAUUUGUAAAUCAACACCAGUUUCUAAACUGGCAAACUUUAUGUUCUAAGUUAUGUCUAGGUCGUACAUUAGUAAGAUUGACUCUAUACAUUUAGGUGAUAUUUGCUUCACCAAAAAAUUGUAGAUGUACCAACACAGAAAAUGUAUUAAAAUUAAUAUUUAAAAAGACAAACAUUGGGGGCAUGAGUGGUGCAGCCUCUGUUGUUCAGAAGUCAGGAAUAUAGGUUAUAGAGGAGAAUUUAAUUUGUAUUUGUAAGCAAGGGUAAACCAUUACUAAUGAAAAAUGAUCCUAAGCAGAGUUUGGUUAAUAGUAUAGUUACCUAACCUAACCUUUAACUAUUAGACUAUCAAAAACAUCAAAAAGUUUUAAUUUUUUAUAAUAAAGCUUUAUUUUUAUUUUUCUCACUUUUUCCUUUUAUUAGGAAAACUGCCCAGAAAAUCAAUAAAAUUUCUUUUUAGAAAAGGGUCUAUAUUGAACACAUGGGAGCAAGGUUUCUGGUAGAAUUUUUGUACAUAGUAUAAAAAAUUAAUAAAUAUCUUUGUAAAACCAAUACAUUCUUUGCUACACUCGGAAUCUAAAAAUUUUUCACCAUAAAGAUUUGCAGCAUUUGGUUUAGAGUUAGCUGUUUUAACCAUUAAAAUACAAAUUAUAACUUUGCAUGUAUGUCUGGUAAACAGACUACAAAAGUUAAAAAAUAUCACAAAUGGUUUUAAUGUUAAAUUCAAUUCAUUAUUCAUUAUUAAUAUUUUAGAUAAAUAAAAAAUUUGAAGAUAGUUUAAAAGACAUUUCAGAAAUUUCAAAAAUUGAUGAAUAUAAGUUUGGAGAAUUUAAAGAAAGAAUUCAACAAAGAGUUAGUUUAGUAGCUCAGAGAACUUUAAUUGGGAAUGAUCUAUCUCAUAUAAAUGCACCAGAACCACCUCUCAUUUUACCUUUAACACCUCAAAUGAAUGAAAUGUUAAAUAUUAAAACCUUUACUGAGAUAUCUCAAGUCAAUACUGAAAAUAUUGGCCAUAUGACUCAUGCACCAUCUAUAGUUGAUUACAUAUCGCCUAAUCUGUUACCCCCUAUAUUUUCACAUCAUCAAGUCCAAUUGAACAUGAACCAAAAGAAAUUAGAACAGGACCAAUUGUGUGACUUUCAAAAGUAAGUAUUUUUAUUUACCACACAAAUUAAUAUUUUAAAAUAUUUUAUAUUUCUUUUACAGUUUUAUUCAGCCAACAUCUCACAAAAUUGAUAUUAUGAAACUGAUUAAUGAUUUUUUAUUGGCAUCUCCUGGAAAAACUAGUUUGAUGUUCACUGAUCUAUGUCCUAUUCAUGUAACAAAUAGGAAAUAUGCUAUUUUAGUGUUAGUAGGGCUAUUGGGUUAGUAUUUUUAUAAGCAUAUUGUUAAUUUUAUAGUUUAAAGUUUUUAAUAGUUUACUUGUGAUUUUAUUAUUUUUAAGGAUUGCAUAAAAAAGGUAUUGUUAAAUUAACUCAAACUUGUUUCACAAUGGAGCCCUCACCAGUUGAAAUAGAACUAAAUAUUGAUCAUUUUUUAUAAAUUUGUCUUCAAUAUGAUUUAAUGUUACACUAUUUUGAUUUUCAAUCCAUGUUUAUUCAUAAAAU